ACACGUUAGUUAUCUGUAUCUAAAUGACAUCAAAUUCGAUUUCGUUGUUUGAUUAUAUGUUUGUUCCAUUUAUCUACCAAUGCAGAGAAAGUAUUUGUGAUUGUACCUAUUUAUAAUCUACUAUAGAAUUCUCUUAUAGGCGUCUAAUAAUGCUUAUUUACGAUUAAAUUUUUUAUGUAAAUCAGUACCUUUCUGUUCUGUUCUCGUAAAAUGAUUCCAUACCUGGUAAUGCAAGAAUCGAAUGUUUUUUAUUUAUUAAAGUCGUAAAAAUGUCAACUUUAUUAUCGGCCUUCGUCGUGAAAUUAUUAUCAAAAAUUUCAUUCGCGGACAAAUAUGUCGAACAAGCUUGACCAGUUUUUCCUAGCGUGGAUUUUAAUCGGAGUGCAGAUAACGCGAAGUCAAUUGAUGAUCAGACCUGUUUACGUUUACAAACAUGUGAUACGCGGUAUGCACGAUUACUUUAAUAAUACGUGCAUUAUACUUUUACACGACACUCCCAAUGUUAUUGAGAAUACAGGUUUGGACGAGGCAGAAGAAUUGUUGGCACUUCAAAGGUAUUUGAGUGGUACUCUUCACAUUCGCACGGCUAUCAUGGAUUUUCAUAUGUUCAAGACACGGGUGGGUACUAGUUACUAUCACAUAAAAAGGCCACUCUUCGUUUUAUUGAAUGACUACAAUGAUACGAGGGACGAGUUAGCGCAUCAGGUUUCUACGUGGCUCGCAAUGGAGUAUCCAACUUGGUUGCUAUUCUUCAGGAACGAGACCCAAAUCGACGUGUUUUUUCGUAACAUUUACAUACCGUUCAAUUGCCAAUUGAUGAUAACUCAAAAGAAUAAAAACGAUGAGAUGAUCUUUGAAGUCUAUCAAAUUGACGAACAGUCGAAGAUCAAGAUCAUGAAUUUUGGCACUUGGGAUAGAAUAAAUGGUUUCAAAGGACCUUUAUUGGGCCUCUAUCAAAGGAGGAAUAAUCUUCAUGGACAUAAUAUACGCGUUGUCAUGGCCCACGAUCCUCCGGUAUCCUUGAUAUAUCGUAAUGAGAAGAACGAGAUAAUUAAAGUGGGUGGUUUCUUCGGGGAGUUGAUGAAGUUGCUGCAGGAAGGUAUGAAUUGCACAAUGACUUACAUAGAAACAAAUUCUUGGGGUUUAAAUCUAUUAAACGGAACCUGGACCGGUGCUAUAGGGAUACUGAUGAAAAAUGAAGCUGAUAUUGCUGGCAUGGAGUUAAUGAUGACGUCUGACAGAUUGGAUGCCAUUUCUUUCACUACUCCGGUUUUCUCUACGAAAUGUCGUACAUUCAUCAAAAGACCGGAUUCUACGUCUAUCAAGUGGCGAGCUUACACAGCUCCCUUCGACACCUACAUUUGGUACUUUAUAGGCUUGCUGAUACUAUUAAGUAGUGGAAUGAUUUUGAUGAUAAAAGUUGUAGUUAAAUUGGUAUCGUAUCACGAAGAUUUUGAACAUUCACCGUCGACAUUUUCGGAGAUAAUGUUUUAUGUUUUCGGAGUAUUUUGUAGUCAAGGCAUGGAACAAUCACUGUUAGAUCCAAUUCGCAUGGUACAAUUUGUUAUCCAUUUAACGGCUGUUGUCGUAUUGGCAGCUUAUUCCGCGGCCCUUAUAAGUUUCCUGGCUAUUAAGACUUUCGUUAUGCCUUUCACGACCAUGGAGGGUCUUCUGAAGGAUGGUACCUAUCGAUUUGGAGUUAUUCAAGAAUCUGCGGAUUAUUCCUUUUUUCAAAAUACAACGGAUAAAGUGCUCAGCGUAUUAUUUUCUAAUUUAUUAAGAAAAGAGACCGAUCUACCUAUCAAUUAUCUCGAUGGUUUGAAUCGUGUUUGCGAGGUAGACAAGUAUGCCUUCAUGGCGAUGGAUAAUAUCGCAGCGGAAUUGCAACCAAAGCUCAUUUGCAACUUGGAAUCUCUCGAUACUAUAACGCAAACGACUAUAGCGAUGGCGGUGCCUAAUAGAAGUCCGUACGAUGGUAUUAUCAAUGCCAAUAUUCUGAUGUUGAGAGAUAGUGGAAUACUUCAACGUUUGCUUAACACCGAAUGGUCUAAUCAGUUCACAAAGCCUAAAAGCACAUGGACGUCGGUCGAGCUUUACGACAUGGUGCCGCUAUUAAUUUUCAUGUUUUGUGGCUCCGUCAUUAGUUCCUUUUUACUUUCUUUAGAAUAUAUGGUACAUCGACAAGUUGCGAAUAAUAGGAAACUACGAAUCAUACGAAAGAGACGUGUGAAGAUAUUUUAAUGUAGAUUUAGAAUAGCGUAUAUGAAAAUGAACAAUGAAAAAUAUCAUUCAUCAUUUUUGUUCAUAGUCCGUAAGAGGAAUAAACUUUUUAUUUGUUUUUUUUUCUAAACGAAAGGAUUUGUCUAAUUGAUUGUUCACGAAAUAAUUUCAACGGGAAAAAGAAUAAAAUGCUCUUCCUUUCUCAUCAGUUUCAAAACAGACUGUACGAGUAACCUGUUAUAUACUUUGUUUGAAAUACAUAUAUAUAAACCGUCGGCAAAAAAUUGCUCGACAAAUUCGGUGUUUACUUUUCAAUAAUAUUUAGAACGUUCGAGAGUUUAGUGAAGAUCGGUUCGUCCUUCUGAUUUAUUUUGCGUAGAGAUUUCUCUUUCUCAUGUACGUUUAAUGUGUACGUGUAAUUCUUGAUUAUUAAAUUACGUUAUAUGUUC